GAGAUAUUAAGAAAAUAUAGAGAGAAACAUCAUUUUUGGCGCGUCCAUUAAUACUUACAUUAAUUUAAAGAUUUUGGUUAUUUAUGUUUUUAGAUCUAGUUUUGAAAUGGGUAAAAAUAAAGAUAAGAAGAAGAAAGGUGCCGGUGUUCAAAAAACAACAACAAAAACAAAGAAGAAAGUAGAAAAAGAAUUAAAAAAACAAAUUGAACAGUUAGGAGAAGAAAAUGUUGAACAAUUAAUAUCAAAACAUAUUCAAAAUGAUGAAAAAAUUGCAGUGAUUACAGAAGAACCAGUUGAUAUUCCACCCUCAAGACGAGCCAAUGGAUCAUUUAGUGAACAUCCUCUCAAAGAUGAAUUGAUUUUAUUUGGUGGAGAGUUUUUUGAUGGAAAAAUAACAACAAUGUACAAUGAUUUAUAUCUUUAUGAUAUUAAAAAACAACAAUGGAAACAUGUUAUUAGUCCACAACCUCCAGCACCCAGAUCAGGACAUCAAGCUGUGACUGUUGCUUUACGUGAGGGUGAAUUAUGGUUAUUUGGUGGUGAAUACACGAGUCCUAGUCAAUCACAAUUUUAUCAUUAUUCUGAUUUAUUUGUUUUACAUUUAUCCACAUUAAGAUGGGAAAAAAUGACGAGUCCAAAUCCACCAUCAGCCAGAUCU